ACGGAAUCCUGUUGUGAUCGCGAUCGCAACAGUCGAAGUUGGACCCUUGGUCCAUUGGUGAUGAUACCUGCAGUGAAUGUGCACAAGAAACUUUCAAGGCCGGCGACGGUGAACGUCGACACUGGCCGAACACGAGUCCUACUCCCAACCCGAGUUGCAACUCACUUCCGGUGCCAACUCCGCCUUUGUUGUACAGUCUCACUCCGGAAACCGGUCUGGACACUUUCGGCUCUAAUACAAUCGGGCGUUUUACAUAAACAACGUGACUUGUUGAUAGUAACCGCAGUCCCUCAGUUAUCCUGACCUCUCAGUCUCCUCUUUACUCUCUUUCACUGCAGCCCUACGUCCCCCCAAUCUACCAUCAUCCUUCAGUGCUAUGCGUCCUCGAAACCUAUCCUUCCCUCUCUUUCUCCUCUGCCUCUCUCAGGCGGCUCUCCUCGUUCAAGCAGUUGCGUUGUUUCACUUCUCAUUCCGUCCUAUUCCAUCAACCUAUUCCCGGUAUCCAUCCAACCUAACCUACAAUUCCUCUCACCAGGCCGAAAUCACCAAACGGGAGGAUGACCCAUUCAGAGAGGUCUUUUUCCCUCCGCGUUCGAAAUUGAUAGCCCACGGACACUUUCGUCCCUUGGUUUUCUCUUUUUCUUACCCAUCGGUGAGUGGGUGGAAUGAGUGCAACUCGCCUUCGCAACGGGAGUUUCCAAGGCCUCUCGUCCUAACUUGCUUUGUUCCCCCGCAUACAUGCAUCCUCAUUGCCCGAUACCGCUCUCUCAACCCAUCAUACUGGCUCAGAGUUCACCUCGUCAUUCAAACCUUCGCAGCCCUUCUUAUCAUUUCGGGUUUUGCCAUCGGUGUCAACUACAAUCACGACGCAUAUGACGGAUACGAUUAUCGCAACGUAAGGCACGGAAGAAUAGGAAUCGCAUUGUUCGUCCUCUAUCUCGUCCAAUUUUCGCUCGGUUUCUUCAUCCAUUACAUAAAACUCCCAUCACUCAACCCUUUCCUCUCUUCAUCAUCGAAACUUGCAUCUACACCACAGUCACAACCCCCUCACCCACUCGCAACACACCCACCACAAAACAUCUUCCAUGUCAUCAUAGGUCUUACGAUUCUUUGUCUAUCGAUUUACCAAGUUCGAACUGGAUAUAGGGAUAUGUACCCUUUGUGGACUGGACUGGACACGCCGGGAAGCGUGAACGAUGUGUGGGGCGUUUGGGUCGGGGUGAUCCUUGGUGUUUGGGUAUUGGGCUGUUUCGUGGGUGUGAGGUCGUAUUUGAAGGCGAAACAGAGUUGGAACGGGAGCAGGAGCGGGAGCGGGAUGAUGUUGCAGCGUCGGGAUGGGGAAUACGAG